AUGUCGUCUGCUGCCCAGCCCCUCUCCUUCGAACAGAUCCGCGAUAUCGCCGAGUCCGUCUCUCCUGAUGCCUCAAAGUAUGUGAUCAUCGAUGUGCGCAACCCGGGCGAGUUCGCCGCUGGCCAUAUCAAGACUGCGCAUAACGUGCCUGUCUCCGAGAUCAAGGAGGCCAUUGCCCUGCCUCCCGCCGACUUCCAGGCCAAGUAUGGCUUCGAUAUGCCCAAGCCCAACGAUCCGGAGCGCAAUGUCGGCGGUCGUGCCCGGAUGGCUGUCAGCGCACUGGCCGAUGCCAAGUACACUGGCAACCUGUACGCCUACUUCCCUGGCUGGGCCGAGUACUCGUCUAAAAUCUAA